AUGCGUCUGCUAACAUCUGCUGCAACGACGAACGCCCGAUAUGGAUACAAUCCCUCGCCUCCCGCUCCUGAACGAUGUGGAGAAGACGGAUGCUAUCAAAUUCAAAAAUACCCACAUUGGGAGGACGCCAUGACCCUCAAACUCAAAAUCUUGGGCUUCGAACGGUACAUGAACGGAUUCGUCCGCCCUUCACUAUUCGAUCCGGAGGCCAAACAACGCUUCGACGACGAGGAGUCCAUUGCUCUCUUCCUGAUCUGGAACAGCCAUAGUGGCGACUUUCAGAAGUCACUCGUGCGCAACGGCUUGUCCCGGGAAGACACGCCCGUGCAAACGAUGCUGGCCAUUGAAUCGCUGCUCAUCCCAUCCGAUACAGCCGCGGCCGUCAAGGACGCCCUCGCCGAAAUGCGCAUCAGAUCCUUCGGUUCCAUCGAACGAAUGGCUCGAAACCUUGCACAGCUAUGUCUUCGUUCUGAAAAGACAAGGCAACCUUAUGGUCGAGUUGGUCUCCUCGGCUAUGCCUUCCACUGA